AUGCUACCAUGCCAACCCACUUCAGCUUGGCUGGAUACCCAAUUUGCUUUGCUUCCUCCCCGGCUCACUAGCGCCUCUAAGCCUGCUGGCCUGAGCAAGGCGGUGGAGCUAUCUCAGGGGCCGCCACCUCAACCUCCCUCUCAAUACCAACCUUCCCAGUACCACCAACCUUCCCACUACCAACCACCUCCCAAAUUCCAAACUUCUCACACUCACGUAGAGAUCGACACCCACCGUCAUCCCUACUACUCCACCCCCAUUGAUCUCGCUGAACGUGAAUACCGCCAGCGUUACCGCCCUGCCCAAGCUUUUUCCACAGAAGACCCUUCUUCCCACUCUCAUCCUCACUACCAACCUCAAGACAACUUCAAAGCCAACAACUACACCGUUGAAGGCCGACCCGCUCCCCAAUUCCAUUCCUCUGAGAAGACUGAAAUCAACAAGUUUACUGUUGACGAACACUCCUCUCGCCCUCAGUACAACCACACCGAGAAGACCGAAUUCAACAACUACACUGUUGACAGCCGAUCUUCCCGUCCUCAAUACAACACCUGUGAGAAGACUGAGAUCAACAAUUUCACUGUUGACGCCCGCUCUUCCCAGCCACGGUACCGCGACACCAAGACAACUCAAGUCAACAGCUACGCCGUUGACAAGCCCGUUUCUCGUCCAUCUUACAAGAAGGACGUGAGAUUUACUGAACAAACCGUCGAAGCUUCAAAGUCCGACAAGUCCAAGAUGGGUUACUACGACGACGAGGGUUCUUUCCGCAACGGCGGCAUCCACAAGCUCGGUGACAAGUCCCGCGACAUUGAGGUUGACAUUCGCGAGACUUCUCGUCCUGCCAAUGACUGCGCUCCCAACACCGUCAGCAUCCCCUGCCACCACAUCCGUCUGGGUGAUUUCCUCAUGCUCCAGGGCCGCCCCUGCCAGGUCAUCCGCAUCUCCACCUCCUCUGCCACUGGCCAGUACCGCUACCUUGGUGUCGACCUCUUCACCAAGCAGCUUCAUGAGGAGUCUUCUUUCAUCUCCAACCCUGCCCCCAGCGUUGUCGUUCAGUCCAUGCUCGGCCCUGUCUUCAAGCAGUACCGUGUCCUCGAUAUGCAGGAGGGUCAGAUCGUUGCCAUGACCGAGACUGGCGACGUCAAGCAGGGUCUCCCUGUCAUUGACCAGUCCAACCUCUACUCUCGCCUCCACAACGCUUUCGAGUCCGGUCGUGGCUCUGUUCGCGUCCUCGUCCUCAACGACGGUGGCCGUGAGCUUGCCGUUGACAUGAAGGUCAUCCACGGCUCUCGCCUGUAA